CUCAAUCCUCCCACCCCAUAAACUACAUUCUUCUAAAAUCUUCUCAGCUAUAUUUUUCAACUCAUUCUUUUUCAAUUACCCUCAUAAAAAACUAAUCUUUUUUUUUAAUAAUUUUUAUUUUUGAAUAUUGCUUCUCUUCUUGCAUUGAAGCAUUAUUUAAUGUAGUGUUUUUUGUUUUCUGCUUCUGUUGUUGUCGCUCUGAAAAAUGUCCAGAUAAUAUAUAUUAUUUAUUUAAAAAAAAAAAAAAAGAGAAAAAAUGCAACCAUGGCUAUGAAUUCUUUUAUCUCAUUAAUUUCAUAUUUUAUUUCAAUAGCUCUCUUCUUUCUUCUCUCUACUUCUUAUUGCUUGAUCCAUAAUCAGCCUUCUCACUCUCUGAGGGGUUUGGUGGUGGCGGAGAAAACGAGAUUGGGGUCGAGGCCGCCGAGCUGCCACAACAAAUGCAACCAGUGCCACCCAUGCAUGGCGGUGCAAGUGCCCACGCUGCCGAGUCACAACCGAGUUGGGCCGGAGGAAGAAGUAGUGACGACGACGGCGGCGAAGCUGGAGUACUUCGACUCGUCGCCGGCGGCGUCGGGCGGCGGCAACAGGUACUCGAAUUACAAGCCGCUCGGAUGGAAAUGCAGAUGCGACGGCCAUCUUUUCAACCCUUAGUAAUAAUAAUAAUAUUCCAUGAAUAUUAUUUUAAUAAUAAUAAUUACUUUGAAUCAAUUUUUAUAUAUAUUAAUCCAAAAUGGAAUAUUUCAAGGUGGUCAUAAUUAAAUAAAUUCAACUAGGUUUUUAUUUAUUUAUUAUUUAUUUUUAU